AUGAAAAUGGCAACAAAGCUUCUUUCCUUCAUUAUUAUUGCCGCUUCUUACCAUGUCAUCCGUGCAACUCGCUUCCUUCCAAUUCCAACCAACGUAGUGGACACGUCUGCUUCCAGUGGUGGUAAAUUUCAGCAGCUUGACACCGUUUUCGGCUUCAAAGAGACCAAUCGAUUUCGUAAUCAAGCUGCGUUCACCGGACCAGCAGAGCUCCCGAGAUACCAGCAUGUGGAAAAACUGCCUCAUGAGGUUUUCACUGAGGGGAGUCCUCUGGACAUAGUGGCGACCCAGCAAGUGGCAUGGGUUAAAAACAAGGAUUACAAGCUUUUGUCCGCCGAUACCAAAGCGGAAUGGGAAAAGAUUGGCGGGACUUACAAUGCUCUCACUGACCAAGAACGAGGAAUGUUGAAAAACUACAUGCGAACCCAAGUCACCAGGGGUUCACCCGAAGACAAAAUCGAUCUCAUACGUGUUGAACGUUUCAUGGCGCGCGUGAACGAACCGAUGUGGUGGAAAGCGAACCUCUUGGCAAAGGCAGAUCGGGGGAUUGGGGAAGACAUGGACCUGAUCAGAAUUGGUGAUAUCCUUCAAUUCGGAAAUACAGACCGUGCUCUCAAGCUCACCGGCGCAGACGUAAACAACAUGUUCAAGGAGCUUGAUGAAGUUUCUCAGCGUCUAGUUGACAAGACCCCACGUGGAAAACCGCUCAACCUCACUCCACUGGAUCAACCCACAACGAACAUUGGAGGAAGGGAGUCGCUCUUUACAACAAGGAUGACCCAAUUAACAAACGCAGCGCUGGAAACUGUUCCUCGAAUGUCAGCAAAGGACCAAGAAACCCUAUUACGAGUCUCGUACUGGGCUCAUGGCUUCUCCCCAAAACAGGCCAGUGAUUUUGCCAAAGUAGCUCGAGUCAAUCUCAGUACUAGGAGAGAGAAAUGGAUCCAGCUUCUCACAGAAGAGAAUUGGGAGGCUGCUGGUCAAAGACUUCGGGCUUUGAAGAAUUCAAACAUCUAG